AUGCAGUUAUAUCUGUCAAUCAUAUUUCUUUUAAGUUUUGUCGAAUGCUCUUAUAUAAGUUUCAUAUCGAAUAAUCCCGAUAGAGUAUUGGAGACCGAUGUAAUUGAAACUCUAACAUACACAACAGCGACGGUGGGCAAACCUUAUGUUGCACAAUCGGCAGUUGUGACAAGAGUAUCAGCAUCUUCUCAAAGUCCCUUAAAAAUUUCGUUGAAGAAUGAAGCAACAACUUCUUCAAUUAAUUCACAGAGUAGAGAUUCCACUUCAAGGACAGUGAUGCAGGGUUCGUUGUGGUCAUCAAACUAUGCAAGCAAAUCAUAUCAACCCUUGAGCUCAGGCUCUAGCAAUGAUCCUGCUGUGACGGGUCAAAAGACUAAUACAUAUGGUAGCUUCAGUAGUACUAAAAGUUGGGUAGACAAUUUAAGUUCGCUUCCCGAUGUGGCUUCAACUAUUUCCAGUGCACCAACAAUGCGUAAAAUCACGACAUUAUUAUCUCAGACUGCCAGCACCUCGACGUCAAUUUUGUUUUCUUCUUCUUUGCCUAUCUCAGGGACCCAGUUGAACGGUACACUAUUAACUUCUGUUUCAAUAGGUACGAAUAACCCAUUGGUAACUCAAGUGCCUUCCUAUUCAUUUCAGGAAACAAAAAUCGUUCCUUCUUCAUUGACUUCGAAUAAAACAAUAUAUACUGUCGCGAUCAGCACAAGUGCAGCUAGAGUUACAAGUGAGAAGUCAUCCGGUACUCCUUCGACUCAUCUUUCCUCAACUGUACUCUAUUCAUUAAACUCGACACAGAGCUCAGUCUACUCAGUAUCAUCUUUAGCAGCAAACCCCAUUUACCCAUCGAAUCCCACACAGAUCACACUUUCCUCAUCUCCAUCAGCAUUGUUGACAGAAAGCCAAAUUUAUACAUCAAAUUCAACAGAAAGCAUUCUUUUUUCUCCAUCACAAUCGCCUGCGGUAAGUCCAAUUUAUUCAUCGAACUCGACACGAAGCACUCUUUCUCCAUCACUAUCUUCAACGAUGACAUCCGUGUCUUCAACACUAGAUACGGUUUAUGUAUCAUCGUCUUCAAUGCUAGCUACCACUUCUUCGUCACCAUCUUCAACGCUAGCUACCACUUCUUCGUCCCAAUUUUCAACGCUAGUUACCGUUUCUUCUUCGUCGUCUUUUGAACAAACAAAUAUUUCCCCGUCUUCUCUGUCGAUCUCAACAAGUAGCAUGACUACGACAACGGAGAAUCCUUCAACCACAACUAUUGUGAACCUUUUCAAUGCUGUUUCGACAGAUGAACCGCCUACUGUUUUUGAAAGAUCACCAAAUCCUAUGUCAUUAGCUGAUGGGGUGUCAAGCAGUGGACCGAUUCAAACAAACAAGUUCUACACAAACUUGAUAGUUGGUAGCCAAGAAUCCCCUGCAUUUGUGUAUCCUUAUUCAUUAUGGAAAUACACAUCUUCCGAUAACUAUGGAUUUGCUGUUCAACACACAACAGAAGACCAAUAUGCCUACGGUAAUUCUGACAGUUCCGGUAACUCCGAAUACUUGGUCAAUCCCUUAGGAAUUGCCCAUGUCAUCUUCUCCGCUUCGAACUUUGAUUCAAGCAUGACUAUGCAGGUGGAUGAAAUGACCCUAUCUUCAACAAGGGUUGUACUAUCAGAGUCUAAUGAUUCUUCGGACUGUUUGGUAAUUCCCUUGGUUCAAGGUAUGGGGUUUGCAACCGGUAUAUACCAUGGCUCUUUGAAUGCCAAGAUUGGUUCCAGUGUUGGCUUCAAAACGGUUGUUUCUGAAUCAUCAGGAAAUUUAGCUCAAGGCAUUCUCAAAUAUCGUGUCACUCUUUUGAAUGGGGUUACUUGGUUAUGUUAUGCGAUAGGACCGAAUGAUUUAACUUCAUCCGGCUUUUCAUUACAGGUGACUUCAGAGUAUGAAAUCGAAGCAAACACAAGUAUCGAUGGACUUAUCAUUCAAUUAGCGGUGGCACCUUCUGAGACUGAUUAUGAAGUCUAUUAUGAUCAAGCUGCAGGCAUGUAUGUUACUGAUUUCAAAGUGCAAGGUGUUUCUGAUGGUUCCUCAGCUACCUAUGAAUUUUCUUACACCACUCAAGGUGAGUCAGCAUCAGGAAACACAAUGAUUUUUGCCUUACCUCAUCAUGAAUCUUCAUUUAGUGAUACGAUGCAAAACUCUUACACGGGCAUUCAACUUGCUUCCACUACGAAGGGGCUAAUGAACGGUUAUUUGACGACAAGUUUACAGUUUUCCACAUCUUUGAACAGACAAAUAUCAUGGCUACCAUGGUCCUCUCAACUUGGCUCUACUGCAUUAGAGUAUUCUGUAGAACAGUUGCAAUUAUUAGCUGAAGUCGCUAAUUCUGAGUUACAGGUCAGUAUUUCCGAGAGUAUAAGCGGUUUAAACACGUAUUACUUGGGUAAAGUGAUCGACAAGUAUUCCUACAUCCUUUUAACAGUGUCUGAAAUCAUUCAAGAUGAAGCCGCAACUGAGAGUACUUUAAAAAACAUUAAAUCCGCCUUUGAUACCCUGCUACAAAAUCAGCAAAUAUAUCCUCUAGUUUACGAUACAAAAUUCAACGGUCUAGUCAGUUCAGGGGAUUGGGCUUCGACCAGCACACAAUAUGAUUUCGGUAAUACCUAUUACAAUGAUCAUCACUUCCAUUAUGGUUACAUUAUUCAUGCAGCAGCCGUGAUCGGCUAUGUUGACUCUAAACUUAACGGUACCUGGGCCGCCGAUAAUAAAGAUUGGGUAAAUUCAUUGGUGAGGGAUGUUGCAAACCCAUCUGAUAAGGAUGAGUACUUUGCACAAUCGAGAAUGUUUGAUUGGUUCAACGGUCAUUCUUGGGCAGCUGGACUUUAUGAGAACGGUAACGGUAAAAACGAAGAGAGUAGUAGUGAAGAUUACAAUUUUGCAUAUGCUAUGAAGUUAUGGGGGGCAGCUAUUGGUGAUCUAUCAAUGGAAUUGAGAGGUGACUUAAUGAUUAGUAUAAUGAAGGAUUCAAUGAACGAUUAUUUCUAUUACCAAGAUGACAAUACGGUCGAACCUGAAGAAAUCAUAGGCAAUAAAGUAAGUGGUAUUUUAUUCGACAACAUUAUCGACUACACCACCUACUUUGGAACAAACACAGAAUAUAUCCACGGUAUUCAUAUGUUACCCAUCACACCAGUUUCUUCUAAUAUCCGUUCAGAGACAUUUGUCGAAGAAGAAUGGCAGACCAAAAUCGCGCCAAUUAUUGGAUCAGUUGAAAGCGGCUGGACAGGUAUACUGAAGUUGAAUCAAGCGCUAUUUGACCCGGCCGAUUCCUAUGCAUUUUUCAGUGAUUCGAAUUUUGAUUCAACCACUUAUCUGGAUAAUGGAAUGAGUCGCACAUGGGCAUUAGCAUUUUCAGGGGGGCUGGCAAACUCUAUUGCUUAA